AGAGAGACAGAGAGACAGAGACAGAGACAGAGAGAGACAGACAGAGAGACAGAGAGACAGAGAGAGACAGAGAGCGAGCCCAGGGUGGGAGUGAAGGGACUUUUGUACUUUGCACUGUUGAGAAUUCUGGAAGCUCUCUAGUAGUCUCUGCCUCCCAGUGGAAGACCAAUUGCCUCCAUGUGGUACUUGCUGGUUCUCCUCCUCAUUGGUCUUUUCUAUCUCUUUCGCUGGCACCGGGAGAUGCAGGUGGUGAGUAACCUUGGGGACAAAUAUGUCUUCAUCACUGGCUGUGACUCUGGAUUUGGGUACAAGGUGGCCAAGCAGCUGGACCUUCGAGGCCUGAGGGUGCUGGCGGCCUGUUUGACAGAGAAAGGGGCCAAGCAGCUGAGGCAGGAGACUUCGGAGAGGGUAGAGACGGUGAUCCUGGAUGUAACCAAGACUGAGAGCAUCACCGCAGCCGCCCAGUGGGUGAAGGAACGCGUGGGAAAUAAAGGACUUUGGGGCCUUGUCAAUAAUGCAGGAAUGAUCUCACCAAGUGUUUGCAUUGAGUUGAUGACAAAGGAGGCCUUUGUACAGGUUAUGAAUGUAAACUUGAUCGGAUUGGUUGAGGUGACACAAAAAAUGCUACCAAUGAUAAAGAGAGCCAGAGGGAGAAUUGUCAAUGUUGCCAGCGUCUUGGGGAGGAUUUCUUGCCUAUCUGCGUCCUACUGCUGUUCCAAGUAUGGAGUGGAAGCUUUUUCAGACUGCCUGAGGUAA